CUCAGCUGGAGACCUGUGAAGUUCCCGCAGCCCCUGAAACGUUCUCUCGCGUUUCAGUAGGAGGGGUCGACUGCUCCCCUAGCUCCCGAGAUAAAUGCGACGGGCGCUGCCACUCCCUUCAACCUCGACCCGGGGCAAGCAGCCCGCUUGCUUCCCUACCUGUUCCAGCAGGACAAGGGACUCGGAAAGUCUGUUUCUUCUUGCCUCUGAUCUUCGGCACUCUCUAGCCUGCCCAGGUUACAUCUCACUUCCCUUUGCAAACACCUCCUUACAUCCUUUGCUGGCACCAUGAGGCUACAACUCUGCGCUCAGUUGCUUAUCCUUUUCUUGGUUUCUGUGAAUGCUGAAUUGCAAGCAGCUCCAGGCUCGAAGUGCAGGACAGGCCCCCUCGACCUGAUCUUUCUGAUCGACAGCUCUCGUAGUGUACGCCCCUUUGAAUUUGAGACAAUGCGGCGUUUCUUGGUGAACAUUAUUCGAGGUCUAGACAUUGGACCCAAUGCCACCCACGUCGGUGUGAUCCAGUACUCGAGCCAGGUGCAGAGUGUCUUCCCUCUGGGGGCCUUCUUCCGAAGAGAGGACAUGGAACGUGCCAUUCAAGCCAUCGUCCCUCUGGCACAGGGCACCAUGACGGGCCUCGCUAUCCAGUACACCAUGAAUGUAGCGUUCAGCGUUGCCGAGGGCGCUCGCCCUCCCCAGGCCCGGGUGCCUCGUGUCGCUGUUAUAGUAACUGAUGGGCGGCCUCAGGACCGGGUGGCCGAAGUAGCUGCACAAGCAAGGAAUCGGGGAAUUGAGAUCUACGCGGUGGGAGUGCAGCGCGCUGAUGUGGGCUCCCUGCGCGCUAUGGCAUCGCCUCCGCUGGAUGAGCAUGUUUUCCUAGUCGAGUCCUUUGAUCUCAUACAACAGUUCGGCUUCCAUUUUCAAGGCCGAUUAUGCGGGGCAGACCCAUGCAUCGAUGGAACUCACGGCUGCCAGCACCUAUGUGUCAGCACACCGGGAUCCUUCCGCUGUGACUGCAACCCCGGUUACCGACUGGCCCCGAAUAACAAGAGCUGCUCUGUCAUUGAUCACUGUGCAGAAGGGACCCACGGCUGUGAACACCUCUGUAUCAAAUCCAACGGUUCGUACACCUGCGGCUGCAGAAAGGGGUAUGCCCUCCACCGAGAUCAGAGGCACUGUACCUUGAUUGAUCACUGCAGCUUCGGAAAUCACAGUUGCCAGCACGAGUGUGUCAGCUUCCCAGAGGGGCCUCGCUGCCGUUGCCGCCAAGGCUUUGAACUUCAGUCGGAUGGCAGACACUGUCAGGCCCGAGACUACUGCAAUGGAGUGGAUCACGGUUGUGAAUUUCAAUGCGUGAGUUCGGGCAGCUCUUAUAGUUGCAUUUGUCCUGAGGGCCGGCAACUCCAGGCUGAUGGGAAGAGCUGUGACAGAUGUCGGGCGGGCCAUGUUGAUCUGGUUCUGGUAAUCGACGGCUCCAAGAGCGUCCGGCCCCAGAACUUCGAGCUGGUGAAGCGUUUUGUGAACCAGAUCGUGGACUUUCUGGACGUGUCCCCCGAAGGGACACGUGUGGGACUGGUGCAAUACUCCAGCCGCGUGCGCACAGAGUUUCCUCUGGGCCGCUACGGAACCGCGGACGAGGUGAAGCAGGCAGUGCUGGCCAUCGAAUACAUGGAGAAAGGCACCAUGACUGGGCUGGCGCUGCGCCACCUGGUGGAGCACAGCUUCUCCGAGGCGCAGGGAGCUCGGCCCCGGGCCCAGAACGUGCCACGUGUCGGCCUGGUCUUCACGGAUGGCCGCUCCCAGGAUGACAUCUCGGUGUGGGCGGCCCGGGCCAAGGAGGAGGGCAUCAUCAUGUACGCGGUGGGAGUAGGCAAGGCGGUAGAGGAAGAGCUGAGGGAGAUCGCAUCGGACCCCCCAGAGCAACACGUCUCCUAUUCUCCUGACUUCAGCACGAUGACACACAUGCUGGAGAACUUGAAAGUCAACAUCUGUCCGGAGGAGGGGAAAGGGGUCACUGAGCUGCGUAGCCCAUGCGACUGCGAGAGUGUAGUGGAAUUUCAGGGCAGUGCUCUGGCGGCACUGGGAAAUUUGGAGCAAAAACAUAUCCUUUAGAGUUCCUUGCAGGGACUCGGGGCGGGGUCCGAAAUUGGAGACAGUCCCAGGGUGGUGAGGCUUGGGAGGAAUGCCAAAAGUCCUGAGGAAAGUUCUCACCCGGGGUAGGGGUCUGAGAUUGGGAAAGAGGGUAAGUGCUGGAGAAAUCCCUUAACGACCUCACUGACCCAGCUGACUGCUCGAUUGGAAGACUUGGAGAAUCAGUUGGCUAAUCAGAAGUGAGAAUCAGCAGCAGCAGCAGCCUUUCCCGCCCAUCCUGAGGACUGGGACAGUUGUGCGGGCAGCCUCCACUAAUGUGCGAUCGUGCUAGUAAAGCACCGAAGGUCUGUGUUGUUGUAGCACAUUUCAACGGACUGAAGCUCGCAGAGAGUUGCGCAGGCUCCACCUGCAAAAAGCUUGGGUACGCCGCACUUUCGGCAUCAGGACUCCGACUGCAGUGCCUCCUGGCUGGGCUCCAGGCCCUUUCAUUCACUGCGUAUUUAUGUUAUUGUUUCCCUCCCCACCUCCCCAUUUUUUUUUU